UCCCGCAAAUUCCACGGUGCAGUGCUUGUCGUAUACUUGUUGCUCGCCCGUUGCAUUUCGCACAAUGUCCACCCAGGGUAAACAAAGCUUGAUAUUAUCCUAAAAUCGCGUAUUUACUCCCGAAACUCAAAACCACCGGCACAAUUCGCGUCAUCACCUCGCAAGUGUUUCAGUGAAUUUCCAAAGAAAUUUCAAGUGUUCCUAACCACAGCAGGAGAGUGGCAUCACAUCCCUCGUAACUUCCCCCAAACACACGCCACGACUCCAAAUUCCCAUCAACUCGAAACUAAUUCUCCUAAAAUUGGAUUAAAAAUGACGAGUGUGCAAACAAAACUGCAAUUCCCAAUUCGAAAAAAGAUCUCCUUCUACAGUACAAAGGAAAACCCCCAAGAGGACUUUACCAACGCGACCCUGAGGAGCACCCCGACGACAAAGUACACCCCAACAGUGAAAAAACUGAUGACGAUCAGCAGCAGUGAGUCGUCCGACUCUGAAUCAGACACCGAGAACAUCGCGACAACAAGAAAAUCGAAAACAACUGUUAAGAAAAAAGUGACGACGACUCCAAGAAGAAGGAGGGCGUCAGCCUCUUCGGAGGAUCAGGGUUCGACCCCACCGAAGCAGAAGAAGAUCUUGUCCCCGACGACGCCCUCGAACCUCCUGGACCGCCUCAACCUGGAGUCCCCGGAGGAGGAGAGCCCCUCGAAACCCCCAGGGAAGGACCACCUGACCCCUAAGAGACUCUUCCCAGUGUCCUCGAAGUACCAGAACGCGAGGAAGGCGCUGCACAGUUCAACCCCUGAGAGCCUUCCAGGGAGGGAGAAGGAGCUCACCGAGCUCGAGGAAUUCAUCAAGGAGCAUCUCAAGGGGAAUAAAUCGGGAUCUCUCUACGUGUCCGGGCCUCCUGGCACUGGGAAGACAGCGAGUUUGUCGAGGAUCAUGCUGAAACCUGAAUUAAAAUCUGCAUUCAAGACUGUUUAUGUUAAUUGCACGACUAUGAAGUCAGCAGGGACGAUUUAUGGAAAGAUAAUCCAGGAGUUGGGGAUUGAGGCGCCUAAAUCUGGGAAGAGUAGUAAGACUGUGAUCGAGAAGCAUCUGGUGGCCUCUCACAAGAUGAUACUGCUGGUUCUCGAUGAGAUUGACCAGCUGGAGAGCAAGAGACAGUCGGUCUUGUACUCGAUAUUCGAGUGGCCAUCGAUACCCAGGUCCAAGAUACUGCUGGUGGGCAUUGCUAAUGCCCUUGAUCUCACCGAUAGAAUCCUACCCAGGCUGCAGGCUAGGUGUGAACUGAAACCUAAGCUGAUGCACUUUGCUCCUUACAGCAAGCAGCAGAUUGUGGAGAUCAUUUCGGAGAGGUUGAGGGAGGCUGGGGUGGAGGAGAUCUUCACGGGAAUGGCGAUGCAAAUGCUGGCGGGGAAGGUUGCUGCUAUCUCAGGGGAUGUCAGGAGGGCCUUGGAUAUUAGCAGGAGAGUCGUUGAACUCGCUGAGUCGCAGAAGAGCCAGGUGCUUCAGCCUGCUGUUGAUAAUCAAAAUAAUGGAGGAAGUCCAAAGAAAGUAGCUCCUGCCAUUGAAAAGCCUGUUGAUCUGAAAGAAGUUGUUGCGGUGUUGAAUGGAGUCUACGGUGGAUCUCAGAAUAUUGAAAAGGAGGAAGACACUUUCCCACUCCAACAGAAACUCCUAUUAUGUUCGCUGAUGUUGAUACUCAAUAAAGGACGUAAUAAAGACGUUACUGUUGGCAAGCUCCACGAAGUAUACAAAAAAGUCUGCAAAAAGCGGAACAUCCUCUCAGUGGACAUCUCUGAAUUCGUCGGAGUCUGUUCCCUGAUCGAAACUCGCGGAGUUCUUCGUAUUGUCGGAAGGAAAGAGCCUCGUCUGUGCAAAGUGAAUUUACAAUGGGACCAGGAGGAGCUCGGUACAGCCCUCCAAGACAAAAACAUGAUGGCAGACAUCAUCAACGACGCCACGUGCCUUUAAAACAAUUCUGUACAUAUUUUUAAUUGCGACUUCUCGAUUUAGAGACUCUGUGCCGUGAAACGUUGUUUGUGUGGUUUUUGACGAUCAGAAUUGAAUUGUUGACUAUUAUGACACUUGAACAUGAAUUAUUGAUAAAUUAAUCAUUAUUUACGAAUUGAAUAAAUUUUUUAA